AUGAACAGCUCCACCGGCGGCGGGAGUCAGUCCUGUUUUACCGGUAACUUUAACACAAGUUCCGCCGAGUUCUUCGGUGAGGCGGAUCAAACGGGUCGGAGAGGUCAGGGUUGUCUGGGUGGCCGGAAGGCUGCCGGCUCCGCGCUGGUGCAGGCAGACCGGACGCUGGUCCAGGUCUCUCCGGACAAGUUCGUGUCGACACUGACGGGACUACGGAGAGCGGUGAACCACUUGCGGGGGCGCGGGUCUUUUUUUUCUAAUUCUCUGUCCGGACCCCCGGCCAGCCGGCGCUCCCCCCUGUGUUGGCAGCAGCCUGCCGGCUUCAUCACCAACGACAAGCCCAGCGCCAUCUUUAAGAUCUCGGGUGAGGGGGGGGCGAGGUCGGGGGCGACCACGUCCGGCAUGAUGGCCGCCUCGUCUCUGUCGCCCUCCGUGGCUCAGGUCGGUGAGACAGAUGAGGCUCUGGACCAGCUGGCGCAGCAGAUACCCGUCUCCAGCGCGGCCGUGUCCACCGUGGACUCGUUCCUGCUCUUCACCCAGAAGAUGUUGGACAGCCUGUUCAACUUCUCGGCGUCCUUCGCCGUGACGCCGGCCCAGAUGGAGCCCGGGUCCUCGGAGACCUUCGUCCCCUCCAGCUGCCUCCUCCGGUGGUACGAGAACUUCCAGCGCAGGCUGAACCACAACCCCAACUUCUGGAAGACCUGACCCC